AUGUUGGGAAGAUCAGCGUUUGAUAGUGAAGCUCCUCCAGAUGAUCAUCAGAUUGAGAGAGUCAGAGGAAAAGACAUGAUGAUCAUCAACUGUCCUCAUCUGCUCCAGCUGAACCUCUCAUAUCAUCAGAUCAUACAGACAGUGAGAGAGUGUGUGGAUCUGUCUCAUCCAGGACCUCAUCUCAUCCUUCUCAUCUUUAAACAUGAUGAUUGUUCAAGAGAAGAUCAAGAGCAUGUGGAGAUGAUCCUCAACUCUUUCUCUGAUAGUGUUUAUCAACACACACUGGUGCUCACAACACAUGACUCAGAUCAGACUGAAGUCAAUGACAACAUACAGAAAAUCAUAAAAAAAUGCUUUAGCAGACACUACAGACUGGAGAGAAACAGCUCUCCUGACGAUCUUAAAGAGACAUUACGAGACAUUAUUAAAUCAAAUGAUGGCAGUUAUUUGAUUUAUGAUGAAUAUGAAGAUGCACAGCGAUUCACAAUGAAGCAGGAGACAGAUGAAAGAGUUUUAGAGGGUGUAAAACUAAACUUGGUUCUGUGUGGAAGUGACAGACGAUUAAAAAGCUCCAUAUUAAAGCUGAUGAUGAAGGAGAGCAGCAGAAGAUCACUGAUGAGAUCAGACUUUAUGAAGAGAGAGAUGAAGGUGUGUGGACGUCUGAUCAAUCUGAUGGAGCUUCCAGCUCUGAGUCGACUCUCAGAAGAUGAAGUGAUGCGUCAGACUCUCAGCUGUUUGUGUCUCUGUGAUCCUGGAGUUCAUGUGUUUCUCCUCAUCAUUCCUGAUGAUCCACUCACUGAUGAAGAUAAAGCAGAAAUGCAAAAGAUCCACAGAAUAUUCAGCUCAAGAAUCAAAAACCACAUCAUGGUCCUCAUAAUGCAGACGUCUGAAGACACAACAGCAGAACUCAAUGAAGCCACACAGUCUGACAUAAAACAUUAUGCAGGACAAUUUCAUGUCUUUGGUCCUAACACACACGCGUCCACAUUAAUAGAGAGAGUCGAGCAGAUGGUAGAAGAUAACAGAGGAGCUUCUUUCUCUACACAAACAUUUUUAGAUGAACAGAUGAAGAUGAAAUGUGAAGAGAUGAAACGAAAAAUCCACUCACCAGAGACACAAACUGAGAGUCAAGGUAAAAUUUAG